UGAUAUUAUGCUAAAAAAAAAGAAAAUGUAACUUCUCGGCUCUCGUCACAAAAUACUUAAAAAUGUCAAAUAUUUUAGUAUUAAAUUUAAUUAAUUAUUUAAUUUCCCAAAUUUAAACACACUUUGUAUUUAUGUUAAGUUUAAAAAACGUACUUCUUUUUAGCAAAUGUAAUAUGUGCACUCUGAAAUUUUGAUUGAAGGCCAUAGUAAUAGUGAAGAGGCCUAAAGUAAGUGAUAUAUUUUUUUUUGGAAAUAAAAUAUAAUAUUAUUUCAUGAAUGGAUUUAAAUUUGAUUUUUUCGCCAAAGACAUGGAUGUGGGUGAGUUGCAGCAUGAGAUAAAUCGGCUUACACGUGAGCUUGAUCAAGCUCAUACCGAAAAAGUCCAGUCAGCCACGUACGGUCUAAGUUUACUUGAAGAAAAGCAAUCAUUAACUAAACGUUAUGAAGACCUGGAAAAUUUAUAUGAAAAUGUUAGACAAGAAUUAGAAAUAACACAAGAGGUAAUUAUUUAUAUGUGUAUUGAAUAUUCUCUACGUAUAUUAUCUGUAUUAAUAUUUUUCAUACCUAGAACAUGUUUAAUUUAUAAUAGAUUUAUAUUGCAUAUUAUAUUUGAAGACUAUUGUUCGGAUCAAGGGUAAUUGCUAUGUAAACCAAACAAAGUUUUACACACUGCUUUUUUCCUUAUGUUUCUAAUUCAAUAUUUUGUACUAUUGGUCUUUGGCCUGAGUCACUAUUUAAAAUAAUCUACUCCUUUUUUACAUCAACUUAUAAUAGGUAAAUUUUAAAAAAAAUUGUUAUCACUGCGCUAAGCUAGGCCCUAGUUGUAAGUAGGAAGUUCAGAAGGUAGGAUAUAUAGGUUGAUUAUUUUAGUUUAUAUACUGUGUGAUAUAAAUCAUAUUUUUUUUAAAUAACUCAAUGAAGAAGAAUGUUUUUUGUUUAUUAAUAUCAUUAGUUAUUUUAGCUUACUAAAAUAAUUAUAAUAUUUUUUAAAUAUUAUAAAUUACUUGAAUUUCUCUGAGAAUUUAAGUUAUAACUUAUACACUAUGCAUGUUUAAAUAUAUUAUAUGUUAAAUCAAUUAAUUGACUUUAUCAUUUAGUUGAGAAUAAAUUAAUUUAUUAAGAAGAAAUAAUAUUUUAAGAUUGAGGGUGGAACACAUUUUAUACUUAGUUUACGUAUUAUAAUUUAUAUCUCGCAGUUUAAGUCUAGAAUUAUUCCAAAAAUUUGCUGUUUUGGUUUAUUUAAUGUAACUAAAUUAAUAAUACAUUUAUGGUUUUAAUUUUAGGCUUUGACAAAAUUUCAAACGUCUCAUAAAGUAACAACAAAAUCCGGUAUAGAACAAGAAGAAUCACUUUUAUAUGAAACUGCAGCUUUAGAAUCAUCUUUAAAUACUACAAUUAUAGAACUAGAAAAUGAUACUAAAUUGGUAUGUGUGUAAAAAAAGAAAUUUGUUUAAAAAAAUUAAUUUACUAAUGCAAUUUAACAUUUGAUAAUAGUUACGGCAAGAGCUGGAGCGUGUUCGCGUUGAACGGGAUAGAGCUAUUCAAGAAAAUAAUGAUUUAUUAAGGUCAGGUAAUGAAUCUAAUCAUGAAUGUAAACAGCUUCGUGCAGAGCUCCGUGAAGUAAAAUCUCGUGAGACACAUUUACUUUCUGACUAUUCAGAACUAGAAGAAGAAAAUAUUACUCUGCAAAAGCAAAUUGCUCAUUUAAAAUCUUCUCAGGUUAAUAUUACCAAGAAAAUUUAUUGUUGAAUAUAAUAGUUGUUUUAAACAUAGGAUUGUUAAUAGGUUGAGUUUGAAGGAGCAAAACAUGAAAUACGUAGACUGCAAGAAAAUGUUGAAUUGUUGUAUUUACAAGUUGAUGAAUUAGCUAAAUUGAAAAAAAUAGCUGAAAAACAAAUGGAAGAAGCUCUACAAUCGUUACAAGUAAGCUGAUUGUUUGAAAAUACACUGUUGUUAGGCAAUUAAUUAACAUACAUUUAUAACAGGGUGAACGUGAAGCUAAAUAUGCAUUAAAAAAAGAAUUGGAUCAACGUAUUAACAAUGAAUCAGUUUACAAUCUCAGUAAUUUAGCCUUUAGUAUAAGAGGUGUGUAUGUUAUGAUUUAAGUAAUGAAAAUAUGUUUUAAAGCAUUUUUAAUUUUUGAUUAUUUGUUAUAAGGUAUGGGUGGCGACCAAAAUAUUGGUAGUGAUGACGAAGACGAUUUACCACCUGUGUUACGUAAAUUCGAAAAUGAUAUUGGUUCAACUAUGGAAUUACCAGAGUGUGGAAAACAUGAUCUGUUUAGUGAAAUUCAUCUUAAUGAAUUGAAAAAGUUAGAAAAACAGUUAGAACAAGUAGAAAAUGAGAAGAGCUUACUGACCCAGAAUCUUAAAGAGUCACAAUCAGCAUCUGAUAAAUGUAAAUCAGAUUUAGAAAACUUAGCAGUUCGUAUAUAUAAACUCGGAUCGCAAAUAAGAGCUUUGGAGCAUCUUGGCACCCAAACAAGUCUUAAAGUUGUACCUGAAAAUGUAUAUAUUUUAACUUACAUUCAUUUUUGUAUUUAUUUAACAUUUUAACAUUUAAUUUUAUAUUUUUUUAUCAGCUGGAAGAUGGAAAAUCAAAUGAAUCUUUGGAAUAUUAUCAGCAAUGGUUUAAUUUAGCUUCUAAAGAAAUCGAUCAGUUACACAGCGAUUUAGAAGAACUUGAACGACAGUUAAAUUCAUCAGAUGAAACUUUAUCAUUGAGAGAUGAAUUAAUCGUGCUCAAAAAUAAAGUAUUUAUAUUGUUGUGCUCUUAUAUGUUUUAAUUUGAUGUAAUUUAAUUUUGUUACAACAUUUUAUAUAAUAUAAUUCUGUACAAUUAUUAUAGUUAAUAGAUAAAGAACAAAAAACAAUGGAACUCGAGUCAAAUGUUCGUCUAUUGGGCGAAUUAGCUACAGAUGCCAGUGCUUCUUUAGAUAAUGCACAAAAUGAUCUUGUUGUUAUUACUGAUGAAUUGGCUCAACUUGCCCACCAAAUAUCUGUGUUCAAUGGCAAAUCUAUAACAUUGAAUACUGGUAGGGUGGUGUAAAUUUUAAAAUUAGACAAAAAUAUUAUUAUAUUUUCAAUUUUUAUAGUUGUAAAACCUGUCAAAGAAACUGAAGAAAAUGAUCCUCGCCUCGAUGUGUUACGGACACGACUUAAGUCGGAUGUAUUCAUAAAAGAAUUGGAAAGUCUAACUGAAGCUUCAUUUGUGGCGAAAAGUUUGAGAAAUGUACUAAAUCAAAUUAAAUUGCUCAAGGAAUCUGUAAAUACAUCAAUAGAUAAUGCUAAAAUUGCUAAUCGAGAAAACACUGAUGGUAAUAACUAAUAAUCAUGAUAUUAGAGUUAUUCAUUGAUUAAUUUUAUUGAUUAAUUAUUUAAAUACAAUACUGUAGGUCAAAGAAAUCUGAUGAUGGAUAGUAAUGAUGAAUUGUCUGAUCUCCGUGAACAAGUUAUGAAAUUACAGUCACUGUUAGCUACAAAGAGAGAACAAAUAUCAUCGUUGCGCAUGGUUUUAAAAACAAACAAGAACACCGCAGAGGUGGCAUUGAACAAUUUAAAAUCUAAAUACGAUAAUGAGAAAAUGGUUGUUACAGAAACCAUGACUAAAUUACGUAAUGAAUUGCGUACACUCAAAGAAGAUGCUGCAACAUUUUCAAGUAAAUAUUUUUCAUAAUACAUAAUAUAAAAUAGCUCAUAUUACACACAUACUAUGUUUAUUAAUUGCUUUUUUACAGGUUUAAGAGCUAUGUUCGCUGCUCGCUGUGAAGAACAAGUAACUCACAUGGAUGAUUUACAGCGACAGUUAGCAGCUGCUGAAGAAGAAAAAAAGACUCUUAACCAAUUGUUACGAUUAUCUGUGCAACAGAAAUUGAUGGUCACUCAGCGCUUGGAAGAAAUUGAAAUGGACCGAGAAAUGAAGAAUGUACGGAGGUCAAUGGGUACACCUAAUUCUUCCACACCUUCGAAAACUUCAAAAAGGUACAAUCAGUCUCAACGCCGUGACUGGUAAGACAUGUUGUUUGUUCUUUUGUUUGAAAAAAAAACAACAACAGCUAACAUCAUUUGUGUACCUCUUCCUCAGUGUUGAGGUUGAUUUAAAUGUGUAAACCGUCCUCAAUACAGUUUUUAUUUUUAAACUAAGUCUUGACAUUGCAUAUUGAGUCCCUUUAACCGUGGUUUCAAUAUCCGUCCUGUUUUUGAACAUCCGGUUGUUAAUAUUAUGCAUUGAAUUGCCGUCCUUUUGGUUCUUUAGUAACCUUUGUUUAAUUUUUUAAUAUUUUCUUUAAUAUU